AUGAAAUCAGAGACAACAAAAUCCCUCGACAAUCAGGAUCCUUCUGAUAUUGUGGUUAUGGAGCUUCGAUCUUCUGGAGAAUGGGAACGAAUCGAUUUGACGUCUUCUGAAAGAAUGGAGAAGAUGAAGUGUCUCCGGGAGCCAAGAAGUCAGACAAGAGUGUAUGUCAAUCGAUUGCUAACUUCUGCAUAA